AGUAGGAUUACUCUCUAUAUAUAUACCCCCUCGUCCACAAUUAUUCCCGGAAAUCAGCGUCUUAGACUCCUUGUAUACAUAUAUCUCAAAUGGCUCACUUUUUGUCAUUAGUUGCCCUGCAAAUGAUGCUUACAAUCCUCCAUCUCUUGGUAUCAGGGGUGCUUUCAUCGGCAACAUUCACAAUUGUCAACAAGUGCGAGUACACUGUUUGGCCAGGCAUUUUGUCCAACGCCGGAAUCGCACAGCUCUCCACCACCGGUUUCGCGCUCCAGAGGGACGAGUCCCGCACCGUCAACUUGCCGUCGUCGUGGGGCGGCCGGUUGUGGGGCCGCACCCACUGCACCCAAGAUUCCUCCACCGGAAAGUUCUCCUGCAUCACCGGCGACUGCGGCUCCGGGAAGGUGGAAUGCGCCGGGAACAACGCCGCGCCUCCAGCCACGCUGGCGGAGUUCACGCUGGACGGCUAUGGUGGGAUGGACUUCUACGACGUGAGCCUGGUGGACGGCUACAACCUGCCGAUGCUGGUGGUGCCGCAGGGCGGCACCGGGGCCAACUGCACGAGCACGGGGUGUGUGGUGGACCUGAACGGUUCGUGCCCGUCGGAGCUGAGGGUGUCGAGCGCCGGAGAGAGCGUGGCGUGCAAGAGCGCGUGUAUGGCGUUCGGGCAGGCGCAGUACUGUUGCAGCGGCGCCUAUGGCUCACCCGACACGUGCAAGCCAUCUUCGUACGCGCAGCUGUUCAAGAAAGCGUGCCCACGCGCCUACAGCUACGCCUAUGACGACAAGAGCAGCACCUUCACUUGCGCUGGCGCCGCAGACUACCUCAUCACCUUCUGUCCUUCCCCGAGAGCCAGCCAAAAAUCGUCGGAGGGGGGAAAUCCUGCAUCGUCAUCGUCGCCGAACUCGCCGACGAUGGAUAGCUCGAUGGUGUACGAAGGGGCAUGGGCCACGAAUCGCGCAUCGUCACCGUUUACCUUCAAGGACGGGUUUGGAUCUCUUCUAACCAUAGCCGGUACAGUCGGCGUCGCAAUCGCGAUAUGGCCGGCUCGUCGGCUGGUAUAGGCAGGCGGGCCAUCAGCAGAAUUAAUAGUACCUUCCAAAUGCGCGGCGCCCGCCCCCAUGAACUCUUGUCGGCAUUUCAAUCCGCCGUUAUUAUCCUGGUAUGGGCCUCGUGACUGGGCUAAGGAGCCACCGUCCUUAGGGGCUGAGUCACAUUGAAAAGCCUCGUGACUGGGCUAAGGUGGUGACCAUUUGGAGGACCAUACACGAAAGGAAAAGCUUCAAGGGAUGGGUGGGGUGGCAGAGAGAGGGAUUUUUAUUUUUAAAGAAGGAAAUUUUAUUAUUUCUAUUUAUAGAAAAAGGCAGGCAGGCAGGUAUGCGGAUGAGAAUUCAUUUUGUUGGAUUGGGUUUGGGGAUCAAUUUUUAUGGAUUUGUGUAUAUGUGCCUUUUGGUAGCCUAAAUUUAUUUUUCUUCUUUGGCACUAUCUCGCUGUCGUCCGACAGACGAUGGUUUCAAUCAUGGAGGAGGAAUAGGGAAUAUUUUUUAAUUUUCUCAAUUAUUGAAGCAUUACCUCAUUCUGAUAA